AUGGAAAAAAAAAAGCAAAGUUCACUUGAUAAAAAUAAUCCAAUAAAAGAGAAGUUAAAGAUGAAUGCUUGGGAUAAAAUUGCAACUUGGGCUUAUUCGGUUGGUUUACCCUUCAAUGCUGUACGUAACGAAGGUUUCCAAGAUAUGAUCAAUUCCAUUGGUGAAUAUGGAAGAGUUAUGCCAGCUCCAUCUUAUCAUAAUAUCCGUGUCACAUUGAUGAAAAAACAUUUAGAAGAUACUCAAAAGUUUGUGGAUUCAUUCCGGCCACAUUGUGAGGAAUAUCGGUGUAGCAUUAUGUCCGAUUUUUGGACAGACGGUAAAGGAAGAUGUUUGAUAAAUUUCUUAGUCAAUUGUCCUCUUGAAACAAUAUUCUUGAAAUCAAUUGAUGCAUCAGAGCAUGUAAAGAAUGCUCAAUUGAUCGUGGAAAUGAUAAAUGAGGUGAUAAAAGAUGUUGGAGAGGAGAACAUUAUGCAUUUCAUUACAGACAGCAGGUCAAACUUUAAAGCUGCUGGAAAGAUUUUAGAAGAGCAACAUCCCAAGUUGUUUUGGACUCCGUGUGCAACACAUUGUAUGAAUCUCAUGAUAGGAGAUAUUGAAUGGAAGAAAAAUGACUUUGCAAAGAAGUCGGCUGCAAAGAAAUUUGAGCGAAUAGUUGCAAAACAGGAAUUUUGGGACAAUGUACACUUUACUUGUCAGGUGCUAGAUACUUUGGUGGAUGUGGUCAGAUUGGUUGAUACGGAAGAGAAGCCAUGUAUGGGUUACAUCUAUGAUGCAGUGGACAGAGCCAAGGAGCAGAUCAAGAAAAAUCUGACUGGCACGCCUGAAAGAAUGACCACUAGACUUUGGGCUAUGAUUCAAGCAAGAUGGAGCGACCAACUUCAUCACUUGUUACAUGCAGUUGGAUGUUACUUGAAUCCCGCCAUUUUUCAUGGGGAAAAUUCAAGGGAGAUACGGAAGAACAGAGACAUUGCGAUGGGACUUUAUGUUGCUAUAGAUUGUCUAGUGCCCGAUAAUGAUGACAAUGAUAAAUUGAGGCAAGACUUGAAUCUAUACAUUGAUUCAGUUGGGCAAUUUGGAUCUCCAACUGCUAUAAGGGCUAGGACAAAAGUUGCACCAUAUAUAUGGUGGCGUACUUAUGAGAUCGACACGCCUUUGCUCCAAAAUUUUGCUAUCAGAGUCCUUAGUCAGACAUGUAGUGUUUCACCUUGUGAACGCAAUUGGAGUGCAUUUGACAAUGUAAUUGGUUUCUACCUACAAAAACUUAAUGACCUUGUAUUCAUCCAAUACAACACAAGGUUACAAAGGCGUUGCAAUUCAUUAAAAUCCAACAGAUCUUUGGAUCCUAUUUUAUUGAGAGACGUAGAGGAAAAUGAUGAUUGGGUUAUACCAAUAGAAGUUGAGCUUCAAGAGUUUGCUGAUGGUAGAGAUGGUCUUCUUUGGUCAGCUACGCAAGAAGCAAUGGGAACAAAUGAAGAAGUUGGGGUAACAACUAGGAGCAAAAGAGAGCGCUACAGAGAUGAUGUUGAUGAUGAUAUUAGAAUUGAAGUGAAUAAUCUUGAUGAACAAUUGGAUGCCUUGGUUGAUGUGCACUCGGAGGAAGAUUUCAUGGCUUACGAUUAG